CCUAUAUGACAUGCCAUUCGGUCUGUUUGUAGGAGUGAACAAUCACUUCCAGAGCAUAAUUUUCGGAGGUGUCAUGCUGAGGGAUGAGAAGGAGGACACAUUCAAGUGGGUUUUCCGUGAAUUCAUCAGGAUGGUCGGGGGUAAACACCCGCAAACAAUAUUAACAGACCAGGCGCGGUCAAUGGAAUUGGCUAUAGAAACAGAGAUGCCCAAUACAACGCAUAGGUGGUGUAAAUGGCAUGUGCUGAAGAAAGCAAUGGAAUCAAUGGGGGUUUUGUGGAGCAAGAAAACUGAUUUCAAAAGUGAAUUUCAUAAGCUGGUUCAUCACAUGGUCACGGAGCAAGAGUUCGAGGAUGGAUGGUCUGCAAUGCUUGAUAAAUAUUCACUGAGAAAGCACCCGUACCUUACUCAAAUUUAUGAGGUGCGGCAUAAGUGGGCAAAGCCGUAUUUCAGAGGUGUUUUUUGCGCAAAGAUGACUAGUACUCAACGGAGUGAAAGUGCCAAUCACAUGCUUAAAAGUUAUGUCCCCCCGGGCUGUCCAAUGCAUCUGUUCCUUAAACAGUACGAGAAGCUCCAGUUUGACAGAGAGUCUGAAGAGAGCUUCCAGGAGAAACGAACCGCACUGAGUGGGGUUUUGUUGCGAGUAAAUCUUCCAAUUGAGAGGCAUGCUAGCAAGAUAUACACAAGGGCAAUGUUUGAGCAAUUUGGAGAUGCUUUGUACAGGGCAGGGGCCUAUGAACUGGAUGUUGUUGUCCCGAAAAAGAUAUACAUUCUUACUCACGUUGAUGCUCUGGCAAGAGAGAAAUGGAGCAAAGUACAGUUCAAGGUUGAAGUCGAUGAUGAUCAGAGUUUCUUUAAUUGCGAAUGUGGGAUUUUCGAGCACUCUGGAAUGGUUUGCUGUCAUUCGUUGAAGGUUAUGAUUGAGCUCAAAUUGAGCAAGAUCCCAGAUAAGCACAUACUAAAACGCUGGACUAGGGAUGCCCGCGAUAUAUUGCCGGAGCACCUUGUUCGAUACCAGAAGGACAGAGGGCCGCAUGGUUUUGAUACUUACAGGCACAACGCCAUGUACAUGAAGGCGCUUGAAUGUGUUAGGCUGGGCGAUAGUAAUGUGAAGUGCUAUGAUGUUUUCAUGGCCAUGAUGAAGGAGGUUUACACAACUCUUCUCCCCCUAAGCCAUGACAAGGAUGGUAUGGGACUCGAAGAGCGUGAGGCUUUGGAGCAGAGAGCCAAAGAUGGUACCCAUGGUGACAAAAAUGCUGAUGCAUGUAUUAAUAUUGUUGACGGGGAUGCAUUGUCAAACUGUUCUUGGAUUGCUCCUGCAAAAGAGAUGGGCCAGCCGGGGAGGCCAACCACUAGCAGAGACAAGGCUCCGUAUGAAGAUAAAAUGAAGAGGUCAAGGUUUUGUGCGAUAUGCCGGGUGAAGGGGCACAAGAGCACGACAUGUCCGGAAAGGGGAGAUAUUCCGAAAGCUCCAAGGAAGAUGCCUAAGUGUGGGAAAUGUGGAGUGCUCGGACAUCGUCGAAACUCUUGCGGAAAGCGGGCAGAACCCUUUGUGCCUAAUUUCCUGUAGUUUAUGUCGUCAGCAAAUUUGGUUUGUGUUUGUAUUUGUAGCUUGGGUAGAAAUGUAUU